GCUAACAGAGUCUGGGCUCUCCAUGGUCGACUGGCAUCUGGUGAGGGAGAUGAAGCCCCCACAGACACAGCAGGAAUGGGAGGCUGAGUUCCAAAAAUACCAGCAGUUCCCAGAAUUUAAAAUCCUGAAUCAUGACAUGACAUUGAGAGAGUUCAAGUUCAUCUGGUACAUGGAGUAUUCGCACCGCAUGUGGGGUCGGGUUGUAGGUUUGGCCUAUGUUCUGCCUGCUGUCUACUUCUGGAGAAAAGGCUGGCUCAGCUACUCCAUGAAGGGGUGUGUCCUUGCCCUCUGUGGGCUUGUCUGCUUCCAGGGUCUGCUAGGCUGGUACAUGGUGAAAAGUGGAUUGGAAGAGAAGCCGGAUUCUCAUGACAUCCCCCGAGUCAGUCAGUAUCGUCUAGCAGCACAUCUAGGCUCUGCACUAGUUCUGUACUGUGCCAGCCUGUGGAGUGGAUUGUCCCUCCUGCUCCCACAACACAAAUUGCCUGAAACCUAUCAGCUCCUCCGUCUGAGACGAUUUGCUCAUGGGACAACAGGUCUUAUCUUCCUCACUGCUCUCUCAGGUGCCUUUGUGGCCGGACUGGAUGCAGGCCUUGUGUACAACUCCUUCCCCAAGAUGGGGGAGAGCUGGAUCCCAGACGAUCUCCUCUCCUUCUCCCCAGUGCUGAAGAACAUCUUUGAGAAUCCCACUACAGUACAGUUUAAUCACAGGAUUUUGGGGAUCACCUCAGUCACUGCCAUCACAGCACUCUAUCUUUUCUCUCGGAAGAUCCCCCUACCACGCAGGACCAAGAUUGCUGUGGCCUCUUUAAUGGCUGUGGCAUAUAUGCAGGUGGGCCUGGGCAUCAGCACCCUUCUACUGUAUGUCCCAACUCCUCUGGCUGCCACUCACCAGUCGGGAUCCCUGGCACUGCUCACUGUGGCUCUGUGGCUUAUGAAUGAACUACGUCGGGUCCCAAAGUAGCCUGGCUUCAACUGGGCUCUGCAAGGACAUCUAGUUCUUUUCCCCACUGCAUUGAUGUAGAUGCUCUGGCUGAUUGCUUUCCUCUGUGCUGACUUGCUGGGGUUCGAAGGGGCUCUGAGUGGGGAGUUCUGCAAGCCUGAAUUUAGACUGACCAGACUGACUGACUUCUGUUUACUGGGACAAAUUCUUGACUGAGCUGGACGCCAUCCUUGCAGCAACCUCACCUCCGCCAAGAGCCCUGUGGAUGCUUCAGUGGGGCUGGAGACAGCAGACUUAACCCCAAAGUCAUGGAUGAGAGGAGGUUAAGUUGGAGGAUGACGUGGAGCACACAGCAGGGUCUUCUGUUGGCGCAGUGAAUCAGGACCUCUUAUCCACUCCGGAGGGGUCUAGCCUGUCACAGCAGUCCAUCUCUGGCGUGUAUGAUGCAGAAGAGGAGAGCCCUGAUGUGGUCUUCAAGGGAACCCCUUACACAAUGGUGCAGGGCCUCCGCCAGAUGAGGAAGUGACUAAGGAGGACGCAGUUUGAGAGGUGCUCCAAUCCUCAGCUGCUGAAAAACACAGGGCAUGGAGAGAGACUUCAAAGGAAAAAUUUAAAAUAGGCAGGAGAGAAAGGAGAGCCAGGAGCAAAUUUUACAAGGCCAAAUGCGGAUGAUAAAAGUGAGAGCAGCAAAAGGAGAUGUUGAGGUCCCUAAUCACACUGCGGGCAGAACACAUGCGUGCUCAGCCCCCCCUGUAGCCGAUAAAGAAGUGCUUUCCAUAGUCUCCCCAAACUCCUCCCACAAAUUCCUUGCAAUUCCUGGUUCAUCUCGGUAUCCUGUUCACUCCAUCCCUUUGGACAGCUUCUGGAAUGACUUACAGACAGCUAUAAGAGCCUAUACUGCCCUUUUUGUUUGUGUUGGUAAUUGGUAUUUAAUAAAAACAUACUCUGUAGGAU